AUGUCAACAUCUAAAAAGGAGAUUAAAAUCUUAGUCCUCGGCAACCCAGGGUAAAAUCUAUACAGUGUUGGCAAAAAUACUUUCAUAGGGCAAGGCAGUUAUAAAAAAUUCACAGGUGUAGCAGACUGACUAACUCGCCGAUUAAGCGUUGAAGGAAAACUUCGCACAGUAAAGCUCUGAAAUGGCUCACAAGGUGGUGAAAGAUUUUCAUCAUUAGGAAACAGAGCUGAAUUUUAUAUACAAUUUUCAUUAAAUUUGACUUUUUUAAAAAUAUUUGCCAUUAUUUAUAUAAAAUUGCAUAAGUCCUUUGAUGGCUGCAUUUUAUUAUAUGACAUAACCUCAACUAACAGCUUCAGUGCUUUAGAAUCAUGAAAAAAUGAAUUUUGCAUUCUAAGGGGAAUUAAGGAUGUCACUAGAUACCCACUUCUUAUAGUAGGAAAUAAACUGGAUUUAGAGGUACAAAGGACUGUGCAAUAUCAUGAAGCUGCUGAAUGGUGCCUUCAAAAUGGAAAUUUGUCAUUCCAAGAGAUUUCUGCGAACUCGAGCCCUGUCGAUCCUAUUUUAGAAGAAAUUAUAAGGUCGGUUGAUAUUUUGGAUCAGGAAUCGCUCAAAAUAAAUCAGGAAAAAACGUGCAAGUGUUUAAUUUUUUAA